AUGACUAAAAAUUGUCCCCCAGUCCCUGGCGGCCCCGCUAGUCCUGGCUACGGUGGGGCAGGGGACCAUAAUCUCCGGCAGAAGUCAGGCCAUCACACCCAACGACGACACUUGGCCCUGGUAACAUAUAACACUAGAACGCUGCGGACCGACGCGAAGCUCGUUGAGCUAGAGGAAGCUCUCAGCAGGCUAAACUGGGAUAUUAUAGGGCUAUCUGGAGUCCGAAGAGAAGGAGAGGACUCGAUAACCCUCAAGUCCGGCAACCUGUUGUACUACCGGGAGGGUAACAGUCCCAGGGUGGUAUCGGGUUCCUCGUCCACAAGUCUCUCGUCAUCAGCAUCGACGUCGUCAGGAGCGUGUCGAGCAGGGUGGCGUUAUACACCACACACAAACCCGCUAACAUCAAGGUAA